AUGGAUGUCAUGGCCUGCGAUGACAUCAGACAGUUCUUCUCCACGGACUUGUCAGGGAAGGCGCCGCUCGGAUUCGCAGCGUUCUUCUUCGAUGUUUUUUUGCUCCCUCCCGAACGAAGGCCCCAACGGUUUUGGGUCUGCGCCGAGGUCAGCAUCGUCAGUGGCGGACUAUUGCUCUUCUUCGCCUCGACGUUGGUGGAUAAUCAAGUCACCGACAAUCUCGGCAUCGCAGCCACGAGCAUCGCAUCUCUGGCUGUGCUGAUGUUGGUCGUGUCGAUAAUCUUUUCAACAGUGAGCGUGAUUGCAGUCUCGACUCCGGACCUGACCUCAGUGUAUGCCGGAUGUAAGAUAAUCGGGUGGGCAUUCUUAUUCAUCAAUAACGGGACGAUAUUGAGUUUCGUUGCGUUCGUGUUGAGCGGACUGGUCAAGGCGAACGGGGCGCUCGUCGGGUGGAUCGUUUGUGGCAUGGGUGUCGCACUAUUCGCCACGAUGAACAUUUUCUUUGGACUCACGCAUAUGGCGCUCCUUCCGCUGCCUCAUAUACACCAGCAGGGAUGGUAUCUCCAGGCGUUCGCGUGUAAUAUCGCUCUCAGCAACUACGUCAUGGGUAGGAAGAGCCUGCGGGAGGGCGCGGACAUUCAGCUCACCAAGAUGCUCGCGGGACCCAUACCCGAGGACCUUCGUGUGGUCCUCGACGGAGACGGAGACGCAAAGGUGGUGUGA